AGAAUAUUAAGCAUGUGUGGAAAAAGAGUCAAGAACUUGAGCUAAGAAUGAAGUGUCAGUGAAAAAUCUUCUAGAUUCUGAAGGAAAAUGUCUUUGUCUGAUCCCAACGAAAAAGAUUAUUAUAUACCUACCUAAGCAGGCUCCUUUGUCAGUGCCCAUUAUUCUCCAUCCUCUUUAGCCCUUGUCUUCUUCAUUGUCCCCUUUUUCUCACUUUAAGAUCUUUCUUCUUCUUAGCCCAUGACAAGUCACCAAAAUAUCAAAAUUUCAGAAAGUAUAUAACCAUUACUGUGUUUGUUGCCUGAUAAAGCUCCUUUUGUGUCAAGUCUCUUCUUCUAAUUUAAUAUCUUCUCUUAAUUCUGUUUCAUGUUUUGUGCAGAAAUUAAAUUAUGAUUUGGGAGAACCAAACUGAUGUCAAGCAGCAACGAGCUUGCGAACUGUGUAAGAACAAACACGCGGUUUGGUAUUGUGCUUCGGAUGAUGCUUUCUUGUGCCAUGUUUGUGAUGAAUCAGUGCAUUCUGCAAACCAUGUGGCGACAAAACAUGAGAGAGUUUGUCUUAGAACAAAUGAGAUAUCGAAUUAUGUGCUUCGAGGAACAACAUCAAACCCGGUUUGGCACAGCGGGUUCAGAAGAAAAGCAAGAACACCUAGAGUCCGGUGUGAGAAAAAGCCACAAGAAAAGAUAGAUGAUGAGAGAAGAAUAGAAGAUCCUCGUGUUCCCGAGAUUGGAGGCGAAGUGAUGUUUUUCAUACCGGAACCAAAUGAUGAUGAUAUGACUUCACUUGUGCCAGAGUUUGAGGGAUUCACAGAGAUGGGAUUCUUCUUAAACAACCACAAUGGUACUGAAGAAACGACGAAACAAUUCAACUUUGAAGAUGAAAUUGAUGCAAAGGAGGAUCUCUGUUACAAUGGAGAAGAUGAAGAAGAAGUUAAAACUGAUGGAGCUGAAGCAUGUCCUGAGCAAUAUUUGAUGAGCUGCAAGAAGGAUUACGACAAUGUCAUAACGGUUUCAGCAAAGACAGAAGAAAUUGAAGAUUGUUAUGAGAAUAAAGCAAGGCAGAGGAACAUGUUACUGAAACUUAAUUACGAAAAUGUUAUAGCAGCUUGGGAUAAACAAGAAUCUCCAAUAAACCAAACUGAAUUUAACAACACAAGUAACUUGCAGUUAGUUCCUCCAGGGAUAGAGGAGAAGAGAGUAAGCAACAGAAGUGAAAGAGAAGCUAGAGUUUGGAGAUACAGAGAUAAAAGGAAGAAUCGUUUGUUCGAGAAGAAGAUAAGGUACGAGGUUAGAAAGGUUAACGCCGACAAAAGGCCGAGAAUAAAAGGUCGAUUUGUCCGAAGAUCUUUAGCCAUGGACUCUUAGAAUCGAAUUCUCGCUGAUUCUGCUUUGUAUGAAUUCUUGUCAUAAAAAAAAAAAAAAAAAAAAAGGCUAUUGCAACGAAACCAGAAGCUAGUCCAAAGGGACAAAAGCUCGUGUGGAACAUAUUUCGUUCGUGCAAGUUGGUAUAGCUUUUGAAUGUUAUCCCUACAAUGACAUGGUUACAACUUUAUUCUUAAUCAGUUUAAGAAACUAAAGUUCAUACUAGUAAAAGCUUCUCUUAUGAGAUAA